AUGCAGAAAUCGUUUGCUCAAAAUUUUGUAAAACUAUCAUCACUGCGAGUAAUUCUUGUUAUCUUGUUCUAUUGUUUGGUUAUGAUGGUUUCAGCUAGAGGCUCUCAUGUGACUAAUCCUGGUAUUGAGUCUAAUAAAGAUGAUUUGAAGCAAGAUGAGACAUCAUUAUCAGUAUCCACAAGGAAACGAUUAGAGCCCCUGCAUCGCGAUACAGAAUACAGACUAGUAACAGCAACUCAGGAGCUAGAAAUGGAAUUAGGAGCUGGUAAUUAUAACAACUCUAAGACGUGGUUAUGGUCUCAACAACAGCAGCCUUUUCAGCUGUGUCUGGCUUGCGAGUGUUGUGUGUCCGCGGCAGAGAUGGAGGCAGAGGCAGAGGCAGAGACAGAGCCCAGCAACUGUACAAGCUUGCCUUGUUGCUUUCUUAUAGACUGUCAACUCCCUAAUAAGCCUUACGGAGUUUGUGCUUUUGUACCUAAGACUUGUAAUUGUACCUCUUGUGCUACUCCUCUGCUCUAAGCCUUAACCAGACGUAUU